CGCGAGGUUGUAUGCGAUAUAGGAGUCGGUGAAGUUGGUAAACAGCCAGGGAAAGCUGUUAUAUACAAGUGAGUAAGGCGAAGGCAACAAAUUUGGGAACAAGCCUGCAAGCCGAGGUAUUCCAGAUCAGGAACACAAAAAAGACCUAAGUCUGAUACAUAUUCCCCUCAUGCUAGAAAUUCUGGUGUUAGGCCUUCACUCCUUUGUCUGUCUUCUUUCAACAAGUUCAAUUGUAUAGUAUCGUAUUAUAGGCCCCAUACUGCAACUCUCCAUGGCUACCACGGCUAUAGACUAUUAUCGAGACACCAACGUAAUGAUAGCAGAUGAUAACCGUAGAAUAUCGCAACAGUCCAUACCUUCGCUGUCGACCACUUCCACCGACACUUCCACCUCGAUCGAUACUUCAAGACCAAAGAGUGCUGGUCCACCUCGAGUAGACCGUAGACAUACAAGGUCACCUUCACCAUCAGGAAGUGGAGGAGGGUAUUUAUACCAAACCAAUGAUUUCCAGCCAUGGCCUAUGUACCAACAACAGUACAGAGGCUAUUAUUCUCCAUUUUAUCCUCACAUGUACGGAGUCGCUCCUCAACCACUAAUUAAUUUUCAAGAUCCCUCAAUGCAGCCUAUGCAGUACAAGCCUACAUCCUCUCCUAAGCUCAAGAAAUGUUACAUGUAUGAACCUAUUAUGCCAGUACCUCUUGCUGCGGUAACAAUGGAAGCCAACUCCAUGCCAGAAGAUUAUGACUAUGAUGACAAUAUUCCAUUGGCUUACUUUAAACGCAUGGGAAGUGGUGGUGUAACAAACAAACCCCAUACUACCAAAAAGAAAGGCACGUCACCAGCAUUAUCGAGUAGCAGCAGUAGUCCAACCUUGUCAAGUACUACAGAGGUGAGGCCAGGACCUAUAAGCCGCUCUCGCACGGCCCAAGAGAUGAAGACAGAACCGCCUAUCAAAAAAUUGGCACGGUCAUACACCACAACGACUGCUCAGCAAAGUCGACCUCCCGUGAAGACUACUGAGAAACUUCCUAAAAAACAACGCCCCAAACCCAGCCCUCCUGCUUCACCCAAAUCAAAAGAACUUAAAUCUUCCAACAACGAGAAAAGUGAUUCUGGCAGUAAUAGUAGCAUUUCAUCUCCGAAGUGGGUCAGCCGUUUCCAAGCUGGUAUGGCCCGAAUUAGAUUGAAGUCCGUGAAAUCAAUGUAAAGAAAAACCAAAAAAAACAACCGUACAAGGGCCAAGAAAGUAUCGUAUGAUUCUACGAGUUUCAUUUUUUAUUAUCGAAAGACGCCAAAAAACUAUGCACUUUCAAAAUACAUACAUAAAUUUAGAAAAAAAUCGAAUUGUUGGUGUUGCGGUAGACUCACAAAUAGGUUUGGGAUCAUUGUAAGAAAUUUUUUUCGGUUCCUUACUGACGGUUGUCGGAGGUAGGAACGCUUUUGAAAAAAUUUCCCCUCAGCUUAUUAGCGAAAAACAAAGAACAAAAAAGAGAGAGUCAUAAUGGGCCAAGCUCUAUCAGGCAAAGGACCUUUCAGGUUCCG